UGAAAUAAAAAUCAAAUCUUCAAAAAUGGAAAUUUAUGUUCGAUUAAGACCUCAACAGAGAAACCGACUUUGAACUCACUAUUUAUACAGAAAGAAGCUAAUCUCUUCUCUUUUUAAACGGAUCAAAUUCAAUUUUUCAGAAAAAUAUCACAUAAAAUUCAUAUUUUUUUUUAUAUAUAAUAUAAUAUAUAUAUUGUCUUCUUCAGUUAACCCUAAAAUAUACAGACAGAGAGAGAAUUUGAGCUGUCUGUUUGUUUCAUUUGGGUUUCCAAUUAUUUUAUUAAACCCUAAUUCUUUUGGGGGGUGGGGUUAUUUGUACUGCCCUCGUUCCCAAAAUUGGAAAUUGCAGAAACCCUAAUUUUUGGGGAUUUUGGGUGGGGUGGGGUGGAAGUAACUAAAGUUUGGUUCUUUGGUUUUGAUUAUCGAUGAGAAUUCGUUGGAUCAGCGAGGAAUCAUCAGCGAUCAAAACUGGGGAGGUGUAGAUGCAUGUCGCCGGAGUAAGUUUGGAUCUGAAUUGGUUCCUUAAAGCUAUAUUGACUGUGUUUAUUAUAGCUGUGGGAUUGCUUUACUUGGUGAAGAAUACGGCCUCGAAGUAUUUUGAGGUCGGUGCCAAUUUUGAAGGAGGAGAUUCUACUGAUCGGUCAUCAAUGCCUGGGGUUUUAUUGGAGGAUUUGGCUUGUGCCGUUUGUGGAAACUCUGCCCCUAAGAAAUGUUCUCGCUGCAAGUCCGUACGAUACUGUUCACAAAAGUGUCAAGAGGUACAUUGGAAAAAUGGGCAUAAGAAUCAUUGCAAAAUUGCUCAUUCAUCUAGUAAUGUAAAUUCAACUCAAAUUGGAUUGAGGGAUUCGCAAUCGAAAACUUAUGGUGUUGGGGGUAAAGCUUUUUCAGGAAUUGCACUUGUUCCUACCAGUGGUAGUGGUAAACCUAAACCCAUUAAACAACCUAAAGAGAUUCUUUUUCCUUAUGAUGAAUUUGUGGAACUAUUCAAUUGGGACAGCCGAGGAUUCCUUCCUUGUGGACUCUUGAAUUGUGGAAAUAGUUGCUUUGCCAAUGCGGUUCUGCAGUGUCUUGCAUCCACCCGUCCACUUGUUGCCUACUUGUUAGAGAAAGGUCACCGAAAAGAAUGCAUUCGUAGUGAUUGGUGUUUCUUAUGCGAAUUCGAGACACUUAUUGAAAGAGUUAGUCAAAGUACACAACCCUUUUCUCCAACUAACAUUAUCUCCAGGUUACCGAAUAUUGGCGGUAAUUUGGGCUAUGGAAGACAGGAGGAUGCUCACGAGUUUAUGAGGUUUGCCAUUGACACAAUGCAAUCAGUUUGCCUUGAUGAAUUUGGCGGUGAAAAAGCUGUCCCCCCUAGCUCGCAAGAGACAACUCUAAUUCAACAUAUUUUUGGUGGCCACCUUCAAUCUCAGGUGAUAUGUACAAAAUGCGAUAAUGUAUCAAAUCAAUAUGAAAAUAUGAUGGAUCUUACUGUUGAAAUACACGGGGAGGCUGCAUCACUAGAAGAAUGCCUUGACCAAUUUACGGUCAAAGAGUGGCUCCAUGGAGAUAACAUGUAUAAGUGUGAUAGGUGCAAUGAUUAUGUCAAGGCUUCAAAACGUCUGACAGUUAAACGGGCUCCUAAUAUUUUAACCAUCGCAUUGAAGAGAUUUCAGAGUGGGAGAUUUGGGAAGCUCAACAAGAGAGUAACUUUCCCAGAGACUUUGGAUCUUAGCCCUUACAUGAGUGAUGCCGAGGAUGGUAUGGAUGUUUACAAGCUUUAUGCGGUUGUUGUUCAUGUGGACAUGCUGAAUGCCUCAUUUUUCGGUCACUAUAUCUGCUAUACAAAGGAUCUUAGUGGGAACUGGUACAGACUUGAUGAUUGUAAGGUUACAAAAGUUGAGUUGGAAGAGGUACUUUCUCAGGGAGCAUAUAUGCUUUUAUACAGCAGGGUUAAGGCACGGCCAUCUUGUCUUAGAGCUCCAGAACCUCCAAAGGUGGUGCAGCAGCAGCAGCAGCCGAUGGUCAAUAAUGAAGUAGAGCUUAGCCCGAAAAAACAAAUUGAAAGCUUUUCCCAUGGCGACUCUGCAGACCCAGUUUGCUCCUCUGAAUCUGUUUCGGAGGAGCAGCAAAUGGACGAUGUUAAAGUAGAGCUUAACCCUUUGGAACAAACUGAAUUCUCUUCCCAUGGUGACUCUGUGCCAUCUGAAAAUAAUUGCUGUACAGAGAUCGAUAACAAAGAAUUACCUAUCGAAACUGAUUCUGAGUCUGCUACUGAUGUGGCUAUUCCCGAGGAGGCUUCAUGCAGUGAAAGAGUGUUGUGUUGUGGAGGAAUAAAGUCUCCAGCUUUAGAACAAGGUCAAGAGGACCAAAAAUUCUUGAAUAAUUACCGAGCCACCUCAUCGUGUUGCAAUGGUUCCAAUAAUCCAGGUACUGUAAACGACGACCUGGAAAUGAUUGAUGCCCAGUCAUAUAAGGCUGACGCGGAUAUGGAUAUGGUUGGUUGUGACUUGAGCUCCUUCCAUGUUGCAAAGAACAUCGAAAUUUACAGUAAUGGCCAUGCUGAUCCAAACAAAGGUGUUGAUUUCGGGUUAAGUAAUGGCCAUGCUGUUGAUCCAGAUAAAGAAGGUGCCCGUGAAGUUGAUUCGGGGUUGUGUUCUUCAGCCGAAGUAGCGGGAACUCGUAACACGAAGAAGCGUGGAUUUCAUGUAAGUGGAAAUGGAAUCAAGAGUUUAGAAAUCAUGGAUGACAAUUGAUUAAACUAAGGUUGUCUCACUUAUGAUUUUGUUUAUAAUUUUUGUAACACUCCCAUCAGCAUCGUACAAAACAAAAAAAGAAAAACGUUGUGUUGGGUAAUUUUUGUCUGGGAUUUCUAUAUAAUUACCGAAAUCUCAGAUUCAAUGGUAGCAUUUUAAUUUAAUUUUGGACACAGUGAACUUUGUUUAGUAUGUGUAGUUAGACAAAAUGCAAUUCAAUGGUAUCAUAAUGGCUUAGGAA